CGCAGGGGCCGGCCCGAAGCGGCCCGAGUUCGCGCAGCCCACGGUCCCCGCAGCGCCCCCGGCGCCCCGAGAGCGGCCAGGAACAAAUCAGCUGGCACCAUGAAUCCAUACAAGGUGACACUGGACGGGCCAGCUCCCUGGGGCUUCCGGUUACAAGGAGGCAAGGACUUCAACGUGCCCCUCUCCAUCUCUCGGCUGACUCCAGGGGGCAAGGCAGCUCUGGCUGGAGUGGGUGUGGGGGACUGGGUCCUGAGCAUCGAUGGGGAGAACACCAACGACCUGACCCACAUUGAAGCUCAGAACAAGAUCCGGGCCUGUGGGGAGCAGCUCAGCCUCGGCCUCAGCAGGGCCCAGCCCCUUGUGAGCAAACCCCAGAAGGACCCACCCCCCUCCGCUGAACCCCCACGCUAUACUUUCACACCCAGCGCUGCCCUCAACAAGACCGCCCGCCCGUUUGGGGCUGCCUCGCCGGCUGAGAGCACAGGGGUGAAGCCAGGGACCUGCACGGUCCCCUCACCCCCCUUCACCCCCCAGCAGAAUGGACAGCCCCUUCGGCUACUCCCUGAUGCCAGCAAAAAGCGUCUGAUGGAGAACACGGAGGAUUGGCAGCCACGCCCUGGGACUGGUCAGUCCCGAUCCUUCCGGAUCCUAGCCCACCUCACGGGCACAGAGUUCAUGCAAGACCCUGAUGAAGAACAGUUGAAGAAAUCCAGCCAGGUACCAAGGACAGAUUCCCCGGCCUCAACUGUGCUGACCCCAGAGCCCAGAUCUGGCCCUACCAGCCCUUGGAGCUCCGGCCCCCCCAGUCGCCCACCCUGGGCAGUGGAUCCAGCGUUCGCAGAGCGCUACGCCCCAGACAAGACUAGCACCGUGCUGACCCGGCACAGCCAGCCGGCCACCCCCACCCCCGUGCAGAACCGGAACUCCAUCGUGCAGGCUGCCCAGCUGGGCCCCGACAGCAGCAAGACUCCUGUGUGCCACCAGUGCCACAAGGUCAUCCGGGGCCGCUACCUGGUGGCGCUGGGCCACUCGUACCACCCGGAGGAGUUUGUGUGUGGCCAGUGUGGGAAGGUGCUGGAGGAGGGAGGCUUCUUUGAGGAGAAGGGCUCCAUCUUCUGCCCCAGGUGCUAUGACAUGCGCUAUGCACCCAGCUGUGCCAAGUGCAAGAAGAAGAUUGCUGGAGAGAUCAUGCACGCCCUGAAGAUGACCUGGCAUGUGAACUGCUUCACUUGCGCUGCUUGUAAGACGCCUAUUCGCAACCGGGCCUUUUACAUGGAAGAAGGAGCACCCUACUGUGAGCGAGACUAUGAGAAGAUGUUUGGCACCAAAUGUCGGGGCUGUGACUUCAAGAUCGAUGCUGGGGACCGUUUCUUGGAGGCGCUUGGCUUUAGCUGGCACGACACGUGCUUCGUCUGUGCUAUCUGCCAGAUAAACCUGGAAGGAAAGACCUUUUACUCCAAGAAGGACAAGCCUUUGUGCAAGAGCCACGCUUUCUCUCACGUUUGAGCCUCUGUCUGCCGUGUCCUGCCCUGCCUAGCCACAGCUUGCUGCGGCCCUGACCAUGCCGCCCCCUUCCUGUGCCUUCCAACCCUCCCGAGUCGGGGUGGCCCCAGAGCCUGUGCAGUCCUCUUGUUUUCCCUUUCCCUCUCUGCAUGUGGCCCUAGGACUUCCCACGAGGCCCAGGGUGGGAAGACGGACAUAGGGCCUCCAAGGCAGCUGGGGUGGUGGGGAGCAACCUGGUUGAUUUGGGGGGCAGGGAGGAGCCUGAGACCCACUGGGGUACAGGGGAUAUAGACAUACUUGUUCCACAGUUUGUCCAGCAAGUCCCAAUCCCAUCAAGCUGGAGAGAACGACAGAGAACCUCUGAGCAGAAGCCGACCAAACUCUCCCCUCCCCACCAACCCUGCCCAUCAUCUUGGCCUCUGAGAUCCCAGGUCCCACUGAAGUAGCAGCUUCUUUCCCCACACCACACCCCAGCCCUGGAUGCAGAGCCUCCAUUUUGCUUUUAGUGCCUUAAUAAAUCUUUCUAUAUCCUA